CCACGAAAAAAAAGAAAAAGUGGAAAGGAAAAUCUAAAGGUGGAGUCUAAUUACGGGUUUCUAUUUAUAUAAGCCCUACUCAAUUAUUCCUUGUUUCCUCGAGGGUUUUACUCCUUUUAUCAUCACGAACACGGUAAGUGCUCUUCCUCUUCAGUUAGGGGCGAAUCGAUUUGCAGGAAUGGCGCGGCCAAUUUUCGUUGGAAACUUUGAGCAGGAGACGAGGCAAUCGGAGUUGGAGCGCUUGUUCAGAAAGUACGGACGGGUGGAGCGAGUUAACAUGAAAUCUGGGUUUGCUUUUGUUUAUUUCGAGGAUGACCGUGAUGCUGCAGAUGCUAUACGUGGACUUGACAAUAUACCUUUCGGUUAUGACAGGCGCAGGCUUUCUGUUGAGUGGGCUAGGGGUGAACGUGGUCGGCAUCAAGAUGGACCAAGGUCGACAGUGAACCAGAGGCCAACUAAAACCCUGUUUGUUAUUAAUUUUGAUCCAAUUCAUACAAGGGUUGAGGACAUAAAAAGACACUUUGAGCGUUAUGGAGAGGUUCUUCAUGUCAGAAUUCGACGGAACUUUGCAUUUGUGCAGUUUGAGACACAAGAAGAUGCUACCAAAGCUCUUCAGUGCACGCACAUGACCAAGAUAUUGGACAGGGUGGUUUCUGUUGAGUAUGCUUUGAGAGAUGACAGUGAGAGGGGUGACAGAUAUGAUAGUCCUCGAAGAGGAAGUUAUUAUGGGAGGUCGCCGAGUCCAGCUCAUCACAGGCGGCCAAAUCCUGAUUAUGGUCGAGGUCACAGCCCUGUUUAUGAUAAGUACAAUGAUCCAGUGCAUGACAGGCACCGAAGUUCUGAUUAUGGUAGGAACAGAAGCCCUGAGUAUGGCAGACACCGCAGUCGAUCACCAGUUUGAAGAUCGAGAACACCAGUUUGAAGAUCGAGAACACGGGGAAUGAUGGGAAGCUUUCUGCUUGUUUCACUGCACCAUCUCGUGUAAUUGCAAUAGCUUAAGAUCCGUAGAAAAGUGCAUAUUGGCAUAGUAUAUGUUGUUUCUUCUCCAGUGUAGAUUUCAUGGAUUUACAAUUUGGGACACUUGUCUAUUUUAUAUCAAAGUAGAGAUAUUGGUCGAAUUUGGUUUGUCAUUGGCCGCAUAAUAGACGGCGAUGUUCUUAAGUUCUGGCAUCAUCCUCGUUAAAUUCCUAUUAAUAGAUGGUGAUUUUCUGUCAAACCGCGCCGAUGCCUUCAAAAUUGUUUUUUGGUUAUGUAGUUGGGAAGCUGGAUGUUCAAUUAAUUUAGUAAGUCGUUUCCUUGGAUGGAUGAUUAGGCUAAAAGAAUUGUAAAUUAUAUUCCCACUUCUCC